AUCCGCGAUUUAGGCGUCGCGACCGCCCGCCCGACGCUCAGUGUCCUGGCGGCUUCGUGUGCUAGCAGGAAACGGUCUCUCUCCUCCCACGCCCGCACGCCCCUGCCCGUCGCCAUGAAGACACUUGUGCUCCUUCUGUGCCUCGGCUUCGCUACGGCCCUGGACUGCACGAGCGACGAAUUAUCGUGCACGAGCGGCGAACGCUGUGUCCCUUAUCGCUACCUGUGUGAUAACGAUAACGACUGUGCUGAUGGCUCGGAUGAGGAUACUGGACUCUGCUUGGCCUGGAAGAACACGGAUUGCGAAAAGGGCGAGGCCCUUUGUACGACCAACGGAAACUCCGAGUGCAUCCCCAUCGAGAAUUACUGCCAGCGAACUCAGCCUGCUUGCAAGGGAACUCUCGACCGUCGAAUCUGCUCUAUCUUAGAAGACAAGAAAUUGGUUCCCAUUGACACCAUCAGACUUCCUCCGGUGAAUACGCCCGGUGAUGCAUACAACAAGAGCGUCGACCUGGGCUCUGAACUUCGCUCCAAACUCAACGACACUCUCAGCCAUCCUAACUGCCCGCGUUUUUAUACCGAGGUCGGCGGCCAGUGCCUCUCCCUCUUCUAUGUUGGCAGCUCGACCUGGGGCGAGGCGCGGGCGUUCUGUAAGCACAUAGGCGGCGAUCUGCUCAGCAUCCGAAAUGUCAACCAUUAUAUCGAGCUCGUCAAUCAUCUUGUCGAUAACCAGAUCACCAGCGACUUCUGGCUGGGCGGAAGGUACACUCAGGACGACCUGAGCUGGUUGUGGCUCGACGGGAACGCGAUGCCCCUCGGCACGCCCUUCUGGACCCUCAGACGGUACGACAUCUGCAACCAGCGCAAUGUGACGGUGGUGGGAACAACUAAGUCGCGAGAGGCAAACCAAGGCGAGUGCUACCACUACACGCAGGCGCCCGAGAACCCUCCGAAGGGCUUCUGCGUCGCCAUCACCUACGAGAAACACUACUACAUGAGCGACGAGGACUGCCUGACUAAAAUGAGUCCCAUCUGUGUCACCUCUGUCUAAGAAAAGACCUGUUUUUUUCUUUCCCUCAAAAGGCCGAGAAUCUUUAAAAUUCACAUGCUUAAUGUAUCACCAAACUGUAAAAGGUGGAAGCGAAAGGCGUGGUCAAAGUAGGUCUUUCUUUGGUUUUCUUUAACGAAAGAAGGGUAUUUUGGGAUACCCCCCCACCCCCUCAUAGUGAGGAAUGACGCCACUGAAAUUACCGUUCAUCCUAUGUAUGUUUCUGCACGCUGUACCUUCACUAUGCACUUGCAAAUAAAAGUUUGUGGAGA